AUGCAGUCUGAAUGGAACGCGGCAUGGAUCCGGCAGAGGGCGCCAGAGCUCUGCGAUACUGGCGGUCAGCAUCUUUAUGCCCCUGGCAGAUGCCUACGCUGCUUGUCAACUUGUCUUGUGGGUCGUGAGAUGACUCUGACCUUCCAAGUUCUCAGCGAGACCCGCGAAGCCAAGGAAACUUUGGGGUUGCCGCGCUCCUGCAGCGACGAAGAGGUCAAGCAGGCGUACAGAGCUUUGGCCCUCAAGAUCCCCAACUGCACGCAGCACCUGACAGCAGGGCGAUGUGCCAGGCUGUGCUGCAUGUACGUGUACGUGCAGGAUGAGACGAAAAGGCGCUUGGCAACCACCCGCUUCCAGGAGAUUCAGGCUGCCUACGAGACCAUCAUCGACACUAGGACCAGGACCGUCUCUUUAGCAGCUGUUGCCCCUGCCAGUCGCACUCCACUCAUGGCUGCUUGCGAGCGAGGCGAUCUGGAGUCAGCCAGCAGCCUUCUGGCUGCUGCUGCAGACCUCAUGGCACGGGAUGCCACAGGGCGCUCCGCCAUUCUCUUCGCCGCCUCGGCAGCCAAUCUUCAGGUUCUCACGCUGCUGUUGGAGCAUGCCGCUGAUGUGAACAGCUCCAACUGCGCGGGCCACACAUGCGUGAUGUAUGCAGUCGGGGCUGGCAUGCAGGACAUCUCCAAAGCUGCACAGCGGCUGGAUGUUGUGCGGCUGCUUCUGGAUGAAGGUGCUUCUGCCAACGGCGCCACUGGAUACGGCCUGUCUGCACUGAUGCUGGCAUCAGCUUCAGGACGCGUCGAGAUGCUUGAGCUGCUGGUCCAGCGAGCUGCCGAAAUCAAUGCUGCAACGGACAUCGGUUUGACAGCUUUGACCAUGGCGGCUGACAAAGGGCAUGCCGAUGCAGUCAAGUUUCUGUUGCGAAGCACUGCAAGCGCUGACCACCGGUACUCGAAUGACAAGACGGCCCUCAUGGGAGCUGCUGCUUUGGCGCACACAGCCGUCGUCCUCGCGCUACUUGAGGGCCGGGCUGAAGUCAACGCGCGGUCUGGCGACGGGCAGUCUCCGCUUCUGUACGCUGUCGAGUCUGGGCUGAAGGACGGCCUGGUUUGUCCCGUGCCGGGUGAGGUCCACAAGCCAGGGGCGGAGGCCACCACAAAGGCGCUGCUGCUCGCAGCUGCGGAUCCAGACAUCGCUGGCCCGAGGCAUCGGACUGCUUUGCACAUCAGCGUGGCCUGUGGCAGCGUAAAGCUCGCAUCCCUGCUCCUGUCGGCGCGAGCUUCCUUGGAUGCUGUGGACGAGGACGGUCAAUCUGCAAUGGACAUCGCCCAGCCCGGAUUCUUCGAGGCUGUGCAAGCUGCAUCCCCAGUCACAGGCAAGCACUGGUUGAAAAGGCUAGGCGAGAUCUGCCAGGUUUGUGCUGGAGCAUCGUGCUUGGGCUGA